GAAAGGGAUAUAAAAGAGUCCAGAAGGUCGUCUCUUUCCUCUCUUCCAAUCUUUCUAUAACACCAUCAGCCUCUCGCUUUCCAAUUCCACAUUCGCUCAAAAAGCAAACAAUUCUACAUAAACAACCCUCAGAAACUCUUAAUAUCUUAAUCUCUCACAACUCCAACUCCCCCUCAACCGCAAACAUGCAGCUCUCCAACAUCCUCUCCAUCUUCACCCUUGCCGCCGCCGCCCAGGCCGUCAGCGUCUCGUACGACACCGGCUACGACGACGGCUCCCGCUCCCUGAACGACGUCUCGUGCUCCGACGGCGUCAACGGCCUCAUCACCAAGUACGGCUGGCAGACCCAGGGCCAGAUCAGCAACUUCCCCUACAUUGGUGGUGCUGAUGCCGUCAGUGGAUGGAACUCGCCCAACUGCGGCACCUGCUGGCAGCUCACCUACAACGGCAAGUCCAUCAACAUCCUCGCCAUCGACCGCGCCUCGGGCUUCAACAUUGGCCUCGACGCCAUGAACGCCCUCACCAACGGCCAGGCCGUCAGCCUUGGUCGCAUCGACGCCCAGUUCCAGCAGGUCGGCCUCAGCUCCUGCGGCCUGUAAAAAGAAAAAAAAGGGACCUCGGAGGGAUUUUUAUAAUGAGGAAAACCCAACGAUCUCCUGCAAAAAAAGAAACGUCUACAGCAUGUCUUCUUUUUAUAAAGGGAGGUAUUGGUUUUGGCUUUAUUAUUCUUAAUGUGUUUUUAAUCGGAGUGGAAUACAGCCACACCUAACAGUAAUGAGAAUCAACGAUUAUGAUAUCCAUCAACUUGGGGAUUAUGUUCUUCGUGACCUUGCUUGAAUAUUCGUGGCGGUGUUUGACUCGC